ACCUGCUCACGGCGCCACAGCCCAACUGCUCCCCCGCCCGCCCCGCGUCGUCUCCUUCCCCGCGCACCACACACGCAGCCAGCAGUCCACCAUCUCAUCUCUCUCACGCUCGCGUCGCCUCCAGCGCGGCAGGCCGACCUGCCCUGCCCCCUUCCAUUAUUUACGCAUUUCCGCGUCCCCCACCCUCCGCUUUCCCAAUCCAGUCGAGCACCGCAAUCGCAGGGCAGCGGAAGCGAUUAAAAAAGGCAGCCUCCCCUGCAAAGGUAAAAACAAACAACCACCGCAUCGCGGCAGGCAUCGCCAGCCACCGAGCGGAGGGAGGGGGGAAGCAAAAGUUCGAUAAAAAGGAGAGGAGGAGACGAGGCGUACCGUCCGAACCCAAGCAACUUGCCCCCACCACCUCCCUCCUCCUCCUCCUCCCAUGCCUGCAUCGAGAUCUUAGCGGGAGAGCGAGAGGAGAGGCGACGCGGGCCCCCCUAUCUCUCCUCGUCGCCGCCGCCGACCGACCGGGGGAGGAGGGAAGGGGAGGACGCGAUGGAGGCGGACUCCGGGAAGCUCUUCGUCGGCGGCAUCUCCUGGGAGACGGACGAGGACCGCCUCCGCGAGUACUUCGGCCGCUUCGGGGAGGUCACCGAGGCCGUCAUCAUGCGGGACCGCAACACCGGACGCGCCCGUGGCUUCGGGUUCGUCGUCUUUGCAGACUCCGGAGUCGCGGAGCGCGUCACCAUGGACAAGCACAUGAUCGACGGCCGCAUGGUGGAAGCGAAGAAAGCCGUUCCCAGGGACGACCAGAGUAUUGCGAGCAAGAACAAUGGCAGCAGCAUAGGGUCACCUGGACCAGGACGUACAAGAAAGAUCUUUGUUGGAGGUCUGGCUUCUAAUGUUACCGAGGUCGAAUUCAGAAGGUAUUUUGAGCAAUUUGGUGUGAUAACCGAUGUAGUUGUGAUGUACGACCACAACACACAGAGGCCUAGGGGCUUUGGCUUCAUCACCUAUGAUUCUGAAGACGCAGUGGAUAAGGCUCUGCACAAGAACUUUCAUGAGCUGAAUGGUAAAAUGGUUGAAGUUAAGAGGGCUGUUCCAAAGGAGCAGUCUCCUGGACCUGUUACGCGUUCACCUGCCGGAGGGCAAAACUUUGCUAUGAGCAGGGUUCAUAACUUCCUGAAUGGCUUUAACCAGGGUUACAACCCAAACCCUAUUGGUGGCUAUGGCAUGAGGGCGGAUGGAAGGUUUAGUCUUCUUACAGGUGCACGAAAUGGGUUCUCUUCAUUUGGUCCAGGUUAUGGAGUGGGCAUGAAUAUUGAAGGUGGAAUGAGUGGAAAUUUUGGUGCAAGCUCUGGUUUCAUCAAUAGCUCCAAUGGGCGGCAAAUAGGUUCUUUCUACAAUGGUAGUUCAAACAGACUAGGUAGUCCUAUUGGGUAUGUUGGCCUUAACGAUGAUUCAGGAUCAAUACUGAGUUCAAUGUCUAGAAAUGUCUGGGGCAAUGGAAAUCUAAACUACACAGACAACCCUACAAACACUAAUUCUUUUGCUCUGCCUGGAAGUGGUGGGGGUAUUCCUGGUGACGGUAUUAGUUGGGGAGGCCUGCCUUCUGCUCAUGGGAUGGGCAACAUUUCAAGCCUUGGGUUGGGAAUCCUUGGCCAUGGAACUGGAGAUAAUAGCUUUGGUUUGCCUUCUGGAAGCUAUGGGAGGAGCAAUUCAACUGGUACCAUUGGCGAGCCUUUUUCUGCAUCUGCCAAUGCAUAUGAAUCGAACAACCCAGGUGCAUACGGCAGCAGCUCCAUUUAUGGUGACUCAACCUGGAGGUUCACGUCAUCUGAGGUUGACAUGCCUCCUUUUGGUCAUGAUCUUGGAAAUAUUGAUCCAGAUAUCAAAUCAGAAAUAUCAGCAAGCUAUAUGGGCAACUACACUGUUAAUAAUAAUCAGACCAGCAGAGGAUUCUCACUGCAAGACCUUCAUGAAGUUUCUCCCAACAAGUGUACCCAUUGGGGUUUCAUCGCCACAUGACACAAAUGACCUCAACAACGGAAGCCCUCUAUUGCGCCUUCGGUUCCAAGGAAAUCUCAUCCAUUCCCCGUUCCACCACCCGGUUUACAUUAUGUUGGGAGAAAACUAAUUAAUUGGCAAGGUUCGUCUUAUACUAGGCUUGUGGUUUAACUGUAAAGUUUGGUCUGAUCUCACCAUGAACCGAUCUUUAAUCGAAUUGAGCAUGAACCGAUCUUUAAUCGAAUUGAGCAAGACUAUCAUCCACUUGCCCCUGGUAGCCAAUCCAACCUCUUGCUUAAUUCCCUAGUCCAUGUUGCUAAAAACAUUAUCACGAUCUUAUCUCAUGUUGCAUAAAACUAUUAUCAAAAUGAUUGUUUUUCCCAAGCAUGGCUACCCUUGAUCCCACCAAAACCGAGGCGACAAGUUAGAUAUGAGAAAAACUAAGGUAUUGCCUAUCAUGGGUUUCCCAUCGACAACUAAUAACGUGCAACUUUAUAAAACGAAAACAUUUAGAAAACAUAGGAUCAAAAUGCAUCAAUGACAAUUUCUCUUCACCCUGUUGCUCAGCAGGAUCUUCGAACUCCUGGUCCUGAUAACCUGCAAAUUCUUCCUCUGAAACGGCGGUAUCUAAUCGCAAAAGAAAACUAAACAAUAAACACCAAGAACCAAGAAAGAGAUAAAAACACACAAGAACAACUCGAUUUAUUAUUUUUAUGAUUUUUGAUGAAUUAUUGGCGAAGGAAACGAUUAGAUCGGAGUUGCGACGCUCAAGAUAUGGCUUUGGAAGGGUGAAAGAAAUGAGUAGGAAUUUUACUGGGAUUUCCUGGAGGCUCUUGGCAUUUUCUAGCAAUUUUAGGAAUCAAAAAUGUUUUUUUCUUAAUUAAAGAAACACUAAAAAUAAUUUAAACAGAUUAUUCAAAAUUAGUUUACCACUGAAAACUUAUUUUCUAAUUAUUUUAUAAUUUUCCAUAAUUAAAGAAAACCUAUUAAACAAUUAUUUAUAUUAUUUUAAACCCUAAAAUAUAAUUAAAACAUUUUUUAUCAUUGAAAACAUAUAUAAAAGAUUAUCAGAUUAAAUAAAGAUUUUCCCCAAAUUUUAUAUUAAGAAAACCUGUUUCUAAGAUUUAUGAAUUAUUUUCCUAUUGAAAAAUGGAAUUAUUGCAUAAGCUGAUAUCAACAGAGGAAUAAAAAAAGGAAAAGGGAUUAUGCUGACUGGGCGUGGACUGCUGACGAGGUUUGCCACGUUGGACAAAGUGCCCACGUGGCAUGCUGAUGUGGAUUAUGCAUGUUGACUCAGCUGAAAAUGGAAGGAUACAAGAUCUUCUAAUCGUGGCCGUUCGUUGAAGAUCGGAUGGAGGGGAGGGCUACAUGGGCUCCGGCAAUCGGGCAACGACGGGCAGACAUGGUGGCGGGGGCUUGGGAAUUCAUCGGAGUUGCGCUCCGAUGGUUGGUUUUCGACGGCGAGUGGAUCCUCAGGCGGUGGGACCCGUUUUAAGGACACGUUGAUGUCGGAGGGUGGUGGAGUGGCUUGGUGAUGACGAACUUCAGCGGCUAGAGCUUCGUGUAGUAGUCGGAAGUCCACGGGAAGCGGCGGGCGACGGUGAGAUGUGGUUGACGAACGUGGGCGUGAGCUUGGACGGCGUUGGGAAUGCGUGGAGGGGCACAUCGACUGUAGGGGAGCAGUGCUGCGGCUUGAGCUCGGGGAGGGUGCUCUCGGGCGGCGCUUGUGCACGACUGAGCAAGGGGAAAUGCUGUUGUGAUGCUUGUGAGGCUAGGGGGGCAUAUGGGGGCUAUUUGUA